AUGUUUUUAGACUCAUUCAAUAUUACAGAUAUGUGGAUAACGACGCUGUUCAAAAAAUGGAUGAAAAUAAUGAAGAAGUCAUUGCAAACGAUAGCAAUAGCGAACGCAAGAAAUGAAAAUAUUAAGAUUUCAGUUUGCCAGCAUAUUAAUUCAAUUCCUGUCAAAGAAUCUCACUACGUAAGGCAAAGAACAUCCAAACUUUAUUUUGAAGAAUCGCUUACUUUUCCUAAGCUAUACUCUCUUUACAUUGAAUGGAUGACUAAAAAUAAUCCAAGUGAUACCAAAGCUAUCCAAGAACAGUACAGGCGGAUCUUUUAUAAAGAAUUGAAUAUAGAAUUCUUCAAGCCAAAGAAAGAUCAAUCUUUGAAAUGUGAGGUUCAUGAAAAACCUUCAGAGUUAGAAAAAGAAAUCACAACACGUGAUUACGCAUUGCAUAUGGCAAAUAAAUGUAUCAUACGUCAAAUAAAAGACAACGAUAAGGUAGAAGCCAAACAAUCUAAAAAAAAUUGUUAA